GUUUUCAAAUUCAAAUCUCCAUUUACUCAUAUUCAUAUUGUUGAAAAACUGAAAAAACUCCCUGUUGAAAAUAAAUAGAAAUGUAUCACUGUGGUAUGAAACAAAUAGAAGAAAAGCAUGUGGCUAAUCAAGUCGGCCUUAUGCUGUGGAAUCACAGGUUGGAUUUAAUUGCACUCAGCAAUUUAAAAGGCGAAGUUCAGGUACAUAGGCUUCAUUGGCAGAAGGUGUGGAGCUUCACACCCCCAAAAGAAAAUGAUGAUUUAGUUCAGGCAAUGGCUUGGAGGCCUGACGGAAAGGCCCUAGCUAUUGGUUACAGCUCAGGAAGUGUCUACAUUGUAGAUAUAGAAGACAAGGAUAUCAUUCACAUGUUCCACCUUGGCUCCUCAUCCUCCGAGGAGUUCGAAGACCAGAAAAGUCAUGGGGUGACAUGCAUCUCAUGGCCAGUGACUGCUGGGGUGCUGGAGAACACUGAGUACAAUAUUUAUAAUGAUGCAUCAAUAUUCCUGCCCCCACCACCUUUAAACAACUACAAGAAGCAAGGCCCAGAGGACAUUGGCAAGGAGUUCAUAGAAAUCAAAGAGCAGACCCAACUCAACAUCCUAAUGGUUGGCUAUGGAGCCGGACUCAUACAUAUGAGUAUAUUCGGCCGAUAUCCCUUCGGCACCAUCAAUUUAGCAGAGCUUGUGAAUGACGAAUGUGGAGAAUACAAAGUUUUAGACAUAAUAUUCUCUGAUGACUUCAGUGUCAUGCAAGUCCUUUAUACUGACGAAGGCAGCAAUGGAUUAUACACUGCAUUAAUCAACACGAGUGUGCUAUCUGCGUAUGCUUCAGACAUAUCCACAGUGGCCAACAAACACGGUCAGAUAAUACAACUAAUGUCGCAUCUGGAUCAUACAAUGACGUCUAUUCACGAGGCGUGGGAGCAUAUUUUGUUGGAAAUGGAUACGAAAAUGAUGAACUAUGCCGCGUCAGUGCCUGAAGGAGGCGUUUCGGCUGAUUUCUUGGAGUUGCUUAUGAUGGGCGUACCAUCUGACGAACUAGAACUGUUUCUGCUGCAAGAACUGACAGCUAAGGGCUUGAAGAAGUUCGGCAGUUCAGUCGAACUCAGCUACUCGACCAUACAGAAGUUGGUGUUGAAACAACUGAAUGUCGUGGCGCAGAGUCUGACGUACUACCUGGCUGAACUACGCGGACUCACUAGGAUACCCGACCGGUAUAAGAUCAUGGGUCUAGAAGAGGAGACAGUGACCGCCGCGAUCCACGCGAGCUUCGCAUUCCUUAACAAAUGUCUAGAACUUCAGCAAGUCAUUGACACUUCCAUGAGAAACUACAAGGCAUUCUUCCGAUGGCUUUUUGUGGUCAUAGUACGGCUUUUAGACGAACAGACUCCCACGGAAAUAGUCAAGAUUACACAACAGGAACUGUCGCAUAUCGCAGAGUUUCUCUACAACUUCUAUAAUGUCAAAGAUGAAACAGAUGAUGCUGGGAAGCCGGUACGAUUCAGCCUAGAAAGACUAGGGCAGUAUCUGCAGAAUCAACACUUGACAAUAUUACCUGAUGACGAAGACAACCCUUGGCAGAAAUUCCUGAAAGAAAACCAGUGUCUGCUCAAAGAAAACGACACGAUUUUCACUACAGAGUUUAAGAAGUUUUCGUUAGUACAACAGCAAAAUUUUCUUAAGGAAACGAUAGGGAAAGUUUUCGAUGUUACCGAGAAAGACAUGUGUAGGCAUUUUUCUCUUAUGUACAAUCUGAAAUGUCUAGAAAAUAGAGCAUCUGUGAAUAUGCUGGAUAACUUAAAAGUGACUCAAGUGUUUGACGCCGCCACACAGACGUUUAUGGUCGCUUUCAUGAACAAACAAAACGGAAGGGAAGGCUUCUCAUUCAUGUCUGUGAACAUGAAAGAGAAAGAGUGCAGCGCUGGCGCCAUCAAAUACUAUUUCUCUCCCUGUCUCAUGCAAACCAACGAAGAGGAGACCGAUCAAGAACUGAUAUCACUACUAGACCUGCAAUUCUACUCCGGCGAAUACUUGUCUCUAUUACUUCAACAUCCGCACACUCCAGACAGCAGUAUCUUCGUCCAAUUACCUCUAAAAAUAGCUACAGACAACGCAAGCGAGUUCAACAUCAAAACAAAAUCUAGCAUAUUCAGUGAAAAGGUUUCCCGACGGGAUUUGUCUCCGUUACUAGACCAGGGGGUUUACAGGGUGUUGGAGAAAAUGGACGGGCAGCAGAUAGGGGUGUCGGGUAGUAGGAAAGUGGCGGUGGUGUUGGCCAGGAGUGGCAGGCGGGUGCGGGUGUAUGAGAUGGAGGUCGAUGGUGAAGAUGAGGAUGACGAGACGUUGGAGACGACGCCACAAUCGCAUAAUACCACGCAGCAAAGUGACCAGGAACAGGCUGUGGAUACAUCAGCGGAUGUUAGUGUUACAGCGCCAGAGAAUAUCACGUUUUAGUGAAGGUAGGUAGGGCUAGGAAUAAUAAAUUAAUCAUUUUGU